AUGUCGACAGCCAACACCAAAUCUUUCCCUCUUCGCGAGGAUCUUGAAAGCCUUGGUAUUUUUGUGGCGAAGAUCCUCUCAGAACAUCCGAGUGAUCUCUUUGACCCGGCCAAGCACACCAUUCUACACGAUUCCAUCCAAGUACACGACCGGAGCGGAUGCGGUGGGAGCAAGACUUACAAGAUCAGUUUGGAGUUUACUGUUGACAAUAAACCCUCUGUGGCCAGCCCCAGCGAGGGUGUAGUAAUUGAAGAUGGAAAAAAUGCAGUAUCAACCACUGCUCGUCCUACCGCGAGCGAGGGUGGAGCAAGUUCAUCUGCUUCUUCUACCCUUGCAAAAGAAAGACAAACCCUGACUCUGGGAUUCUGCUCGCGCGACCCGGAACUGGACCCCGACUCGGAAGAGCGCACCAUCGCCGCCAUUCAAAUCAUGAGCGAGAAAAACCUCUUCCCAAAGCACGUUGCGAGCGGCGUAGAUUGGUUUCUUAACGAGUGGUUGCAGUUAGGAGAACGGCAAGAUGCUGACCAGGAGAAAGGAACAAACGAAACCGUCGAACCUCCAUUCUUCGCACUACAAACCAUCGCCGACAUGAAACUUCUGGGGCGCGAGGUCGCGCGGCUGCAUCAAUCCGUCCCUCCAACUUGGUACGAGCCGUUCCGCGAAAGGUUGAAGAAGCAAUUUCCGCCGUUGGGGCAGUCGUACAGGGAUAUUACAAAGGACGAGUUGUCUACUUCUUCCGUCUCAACAUCUCGAUCGGAUCGCGAUCCUAACGCCUCCCAUAUUUGGUGGUAUCUAUAG